AUGUCUUCCAAGCGACCAGCCUCUCCGUAUGGGGAAGCAGAUGGAGAGGUAGCCAUGGUGACAAGCAGACAGAAAGUGGAAGAAGAGGAGAGUGACGGGCUCCCAGCCUUUCACCUUCCCUUGCAUGUGAGUUUUCCCAACAAGCCUCACUCUGAGGAAUUUCAGCCAGUUUCUCUGCUGACGCAAGAGACUUGUGGCCAUAGGACUCCCACUUCUCAGCACAAUACAAUGGAAGUUGAUGGCAAUAAAGUUAUGUCUUCAUUUGCCCCACACAACUCAUCUACCUCACCUCAGAAGGCAGAAGAAGGUGGGAGGCAGAGUGGUGAGUCCUUGUCGAGCACGGCCCUAGGAACUCCCGAACGGCGCAAAGGCAGCUUAGCUGAUGUUGUUGACACCUUGAAGCAGAGGAAAAUGGAGGAGCUCAUCAAAAAUGAGCCAGAAGAAACCCCCAGUAUUGAAAAGCUACUCUCAAAGGACUGGAAAGACAAACUUCUUGCAAUGGGAUCAGGGAACUUUGGUGAAAUAAAAGGGACUCCUGAAAGCCUAGCUGAGAAGGAGAGGCAGCUCAUGGGUAUGAUCAAUCAGCUGACCAGUCUGCGAGAGCAGCUACUGGCUGCCCACGAUGAGCAGAAGAAACUGGCUGCAUCUCAGAUCGAGAAACAACGCCAGCAAAUGGAGUUGGCCAAACAGCAACAAGAACAGAUUGCAAGACAACAGCAGCAGCUUCUGCAGCAACAACACAAAAUCAAUUUGCUUCAGCAACAGAUACAGGUCCAAGGUCAACUGCCGCCAUUAAUGAUUCCCGUGUUCCCUCCUGAUCAACGGACACUGGCUGCAGCUGCUCAGCAAGGGUUCCUCCUUCCUCCAGGCUUCAGCUAUAAGGCUGGAUGUAGUGACCCUUACCCUGUUCAGCUGAUCCCAACUACCAUGGCAGCUGCUGCCGCGGCAACACCAGGCUUAGGCCCGCUCCAACUGCAGCAGUUAUAUGCUGCCCAGCUAGCUGCAAUGCAGGUGUCUCCAGGAGGAAAGCUCCCAGGCAUACCCCAAGGCAACCUCGGUGCUGCUGUAUCUCCUACCAGCAUUCACACGGACAAGAGCACAAACAGCCCACCGCCCAAAAGCAAGGAUGAAGUGGCACAGCCACUGAACCUAUCAGCUAAACCCAAGACCUCUGAUGGCAAAUCACCCACAUCACCCACCUCUCCCCACAUGCCAGCUCUGAGAGUAAACAGUGGGGCAGGCCCCCUCAAAGCCUCUGUCCCAGCAGCAUUAGCUAGUCCUUCAGCCAGAGUUAGCACAAUAGGUUAUUUAAAUGACCAUGAUGCUGUCACCAAGGCAAUCCAAGAGGCUCGGCAGAUGAAGGAGCAGCUUCGGCGGGAGCAGCAGGUGCUUGACGGGAAGGUGGCUGUUGUGAAUAGUCUGGGUCUCAAUAACUGUCGGACAGAAAAGGAAAAAACAACACUGGAGAGUCUGACUCAGCAACUGGCAGUUAAACAGAAUGAAGAAGGAAAAUUUAGCCAUGCCAUGAUGGAUUUCAAUAUGAGUGGAGAUUCUGAUGGAAGUGCUGGAGUCUCAGAAUCAAGAAUUUAUAGAGAAUCCAGAGGGCGUGGUAGCAAUGAACCCCACAUAAAACGUCCAAUGAAUGCCUUCAUGGUGUGGGCUAAAGACGAACGAAGGAAAAUCCUUCAAGCGUUUCCCGACAUGCACAACUCCAACAUCAGCAAGAUAUUGGGAUCUCGCUGGAAAGCUAUGACGAACCUAGAGAAACAGCCGUAUUACGAGGAGCAAGCCCGUCUCAGCAAGCAGCACCUGGAGAAGUACCCCGACUACAAAUACAAGCCCCGGCCGAAGCGCACCUGCCUUGUGGAUGGCAAAAAGCUGCGCAUUGGUGAAUACAAGGCAAUCAUGCGGAACAGGCGGCAGGAAAUGCGACAAUACUUCAAUGUUGGGCAACAAGCACAGAUCCCCAUCGCCACUGCUGGUGUUGUGUACCCUGGAGCCAUCGCCAUGGCCGGAAUGCCCUCCCCUCACCUGCCCUCGGAGCACUCGAGUGUGUCCAGCAGCCCAGAGCCUGGGAUGCCCGUUAUCCAGAGCACUUAUGGCGUGAAAGGAGAGGAGCCACAUAUCAAAGAAGAGAUCCAGGCUGAGGACAUCAACGGAGAAAUUUAUGAUGAGUUCGAUGAGGAAGAGGAUGAUCCCGAUGUAGAUUAUGGGAGUGACAGUGAAAACCAUAUUGCAGGACAAGCCAACUGAUAAGGGUCAAAAGAUUGUUGUGACCCUAGGACUUAAAGAAGCCCUAGCUGGUUCAUCCUUACCAGUGGCCAAGCACAUUAACUUUCUCAUACACUGACUGUUACUUUAACUGUUAGUCUUAAAUAGUUGGGACAUCAGCUGACUAAUAGACCUCAGCCUCAAAAGGCUUGGAAAGGAAAAAAAAUACAAGCAAACAACAAUAUCAACAACAAGAGAUUGAAAUAAGCUAUGGGUAAAAUAAUGCCAGUAAUUCAGCUGCUACAUCCAAGCACUGAAGUCUUACCCGUCAAC